UGAAAACGUAGUAAGCGCAUCAAAGCUUUUUCCUAGUUUUACAUACUAGAUCGAAAAGUACAUUCCCUCAAUGAAUAACCGCAAAUCUCAACCACGACGAGAAUCAAGGCAAAACAAAAAUGGGCAACAACGUGUGUUGUCAAAAUGUGUGCUCAAGGGACGCUGCAGAGGCAACCGAGCAAAACGUUGACACCAUUGGGACGAUUGCGGUGCGGAUAAAAGAGAUUGAAGCGGGGUUGGAGUUAUGAUGUUCUGUUAUACAACAUUUGCUUUUGCAAUUCAUCUACUUCCAGUUCCAGUCAAGAGAGAAAAUCAGUCACUCUCAAACUCAAUUGGCUGAACUCUAACCCCUGCAGACAGAUUCGAGUACACUAAGUAUGUGAAAGAGCUCGAUGCGGCGACGCCGUCUUCUCCCUCAAGCAGGAUGCAUGCUGGAGAUCUGAAGCAUACAGCGAAGAGGAAUCCGAAUGGGACCAUGUAUGAAGGGUAUUGAUAAAUUUUUUACCGUCGUAAAUAGCUUUAAAUGAGUAGUAAAUUCUGUGCAGAAAAUGAAAAGACAUGCUUCUUCAGAAUAACAAACGAACACAAAUUGAUGGAGACUUUUCUCCCCUACUGGUGCAGCUUUUUGUUUACGAUUUCAUUCUACGUGAGCAGCUCGUCUGAGUAAGUACAAAUUCCCCAAUGAUGAAAAUCAGCAUGCUAGUGGUACUAUGAAGAUAGUACUAAUACUACUACGGAUGAAGAUGAUAGGGAAGAAUAGCACGGUGAGUGGAAGAUAUUGGCUGCAACUCUUCAGCUAAAGAUCGUGGUCGCCAACAUAGUGGUGGUCAUGUACGAACCAUGGGUUCAUCGGUGCUAUUUGACUACAGAUCUGGCCCUGAAUUGUUAUCAGUAUUAGUCUCUACGGGCACUACGGACAGUGUCAUCAGAGGCCCAUACAUGACAAUAACCUUCUCCAGAGGAUGGACUACAGGAGGACUCGUAUAGUAAGAGACAGAAUCCCAUGUCCCCAUGAUGUCUUUGUCAUCAGGCAAGUGCGAGACGGCGUGAAACAGGGACACGGCAGAUACAAGUAUGUAGAGCCACCAGGAAGUUACGAGGGACAGUGGGCAGACAACCGAGCGCAUGGUCUAGGCCAUUUCAAGGAUGCAGCUGGAGAAUACAAGGGAUACUGGAUUUAUGCACGGCAAAACUGUUUGGAGUUUUCAGUUUGUACAUCAACUGAGUCUGAGUGACAUCCUAAGCGCAAUCUAUGCUAUGGUCUAUCACCUUUCAGUAUGUACUUAGUUUGUGUGAUACCUGGAGAUAUCACAGGAAAUCUUUUUGUCCUUCAUCCCCCGUCCGGAGAAAAGCACGGCUUAGGAAUGGAGAUAUGGUUUGACGACAGUACGAUCUUCCGAGGCAUGUACGUCAGUGGGGUGAAGCAAGGGGACGGGAUAUAUCAAUGGAGCGAUGGAUCCGCUUAUGAAGGGCAGUUAAGAGAUAAUGUGGUAUUGAUGUUGAUAGAUAUAAAUUUCCAUUUUCUACCUACUGGAAGAACGAUUUGAGUCUUUCUCCCGUUCUGUGGCUUGUCUAGCUCUUCCCGCGCCCUCGUCCUUAGACUGUUCCACCCUCCUCAUCCACUACACAUGACCCGAAACUACAUCCAGAUCACCACCCGAAACUACAACAUGUUCCACUCAUGACCCCAAACAUCCAGAUCUGCGGUCACGGGCGACUCACGGAUGAAGAAGGUGUUUACGUCGGAGAAUUCGUCGACAACGCUCAACACGGCUACGGCAGAUGGGAUUAUGCGAAUGGGGACUUCUACGAAGGUCAAUUCCAAGACUCUUUGCGGCAUGGUGACGGCACUCUAUCCUGGACGCAGGAGAACAAGCAGUAUAGAGGCCAAUGGCGAAACGGUGUCCCACAUGGCAAAGGGUUGGUUACUGUUCGAGGCGUCGUCAAAAAUGCCUACUAUCUAAACGGAAAAACAUGUACGAGGGAAGCUUUUGAAAAAUCCUCGACAGUGGUGCCUGGGGCUUAGGUCAGAGGGACAUUGUGAUUGUUAUUGUCAAAGACACAAACUCAAACAUAAACAUUUUUUAAGCUUUUUGCUUAAAUACACCUGCUGAUUUGGUUCUUGAUCAACAUACUAUUGAACAAGAAGAUCAUGUCCACGCUGACGUUUGAACACAAGGCCCAUGUACCUUUGUAGUUCUUGAAUGAUAGAAGAAUGCUGGACGCAACGCGACUAC